AUGUCGCAGAACACAGUCGUCACUAUAGACUCGAAGCGUCACUUCGACUCUGUGCUCAAGUCGUCACGCAUAGUCAUCGCUGACUUCUACGCUGACUGGUCUGACACUUCCAACCAGAUCGCUCCUAUCUACGAAAGAUUCGCCAGAGACGUCGCGCAGCCGAAUCUCAUCACGUUGGUCAAGGUUAACAGCGACAAUCAACCAGAGCUUUCGCAAGAGUACAAAAUUACAAACCCGCCGACCUUCAUUGUUUUUGCAGAUGGAAAGCAGGUCGAUCAGGUCCAGGGUACCGAUCCUCAGAAACUCAAGGAUACGCUCAUGAAGAUACCCGCCUUGGCCACUUCGCUCAAUGAGAAGACCGCCAGAGAAAACGCUGGCUCGGCCAGCGGUGGUCCCAGCUGGAAGGGUAUGGAAGCUCCACGAGGCUACAACGACAUCACCGACCAAAUAGAAAUCCGUGAUCUGGAGGUUCUCAACGCUGAUGAGAGCGCCGGGACUGUUCGCGUUCUCUUCGAUGGUUCCAAGCCAAGCGGCCUCGGUAACGGCAAGGGAACCUCCAAGGACUACGUGCAGAGCGGUGCAGAUGACCAGCUGCUUUUGUACAUCCCUUUCCAGUCCAUUGUCAAACUCCACACUCUCCAGCUCACUUCCCUCCCUCCCAAGGACGACGAAGACGUGAUGAGGCCCGGCAACAUUCACCUGUAUAUCAACCGCACUCAUAACCUCGACUUCAACGAAGCCGACGAUACCGAACCAACACAGGCUAUCGAGAUUUCUCCUGAGGAUUGGAACGAGGAGGGAACAGUGAGCCUGAGCUUGCGAUAUGUGAAAUUCCAGAAGACAUCGAGUCUUGUGAUCUACGUUCAGCAGGGUGAGGGUGAUGGAGAGACUGUUCGUCUCGACAGAGUAAGACUCAUUGGAGAAGCUGGAGCAAAGCGAGAAAUGGGCAAGCUUCAGAAGGUAGGAGAGGACGAGUAA